CCCUCCUCCUCCUUAUUAUCCUCCUCCUCCUCAUCCUCAUCCUCAUCCUCAUCUCUCACCGGGAGCGUCCACACGCCAAGAACGACGGCAGGCAGGGAGAGACGCGGUGGAGGGCAAAGGAAGGCAUUGGCAAUUAUCAACCCUGGUCACGAUGCGUGGAUCUCCCCGCCACGGGACGCGCGCAGGGUGGACGCCGCCGCUGCUGCUGCUGCUGCUGCUGCCCACGAUGCUGCUGGCGUCGCAGGCUGCGGAGAGGCAGCGGUCCACGGAGCACGUCGUGGUCCAGCUAAGCGAGGAGGCGCCGGAGGAGGAGGCGCGCCAACUUGCAGCCCAGUACGGCUACCAGAGUGCACGCAAGGUCGCCUUUGGAAAGGGGCUCUACCACCUUUACCCCCAGGACUCCGCCAAGAGACGUAGCAAACGCAGCGCUCGCGGCAGACAGCGGCUCCAAAAAGACAGCCGGGUGAAGAGCAUUCUGGAGCAAGAAGGUUUCGACCGGCAGAAGCGAGGCUACAGAAGUUUAAACGACAUGGACGUCAACAUAAGCGACCCGCUGUUCACCAAACAGUGGUAUCUGAUAAACACGGGCCAGGCAGACGGCACACCCGGGCUGGAUCUUAAUGUGGCUGAAGCGUGGCAACUGGGCUACACCGGCCAUGGCGUUACCAUUGCCAUAAUGGAUGAUGGCAUCGACUAUCUGCAUCCAGACCUGGCAUCAAAUUACAACGCAGAAGCCAGUUAUGACUUCAGCAGCAACGACCCGUACCCUUUUCCACGCUACACGGACGACUGGUUUAACAGUCACGGCACAAGAUGUGCCGGGGAAGUGUCGGCGGCGGCCAACAACAACAUUUGCGGUGUGGGAGUGGCCUACAACUCCAAAGUGGCAGGUAUUAGGAUGUUGGACCAGCCAUUCAUGACCGACAUCAUAGAAGCUUCAUCCAUCAGCCACAUGCCUCAAGUCAUUGACAUCUACAGCGCCAGCUGGGGGCCCACCGAUGACGGCAAGACCGUGGAUGGCCCCCGAGAGUUAACCCUUCAGGCCAUGGCUGAUGGCGUCAACAAGGGCCGAGGAGGGAAAGGCAGCAUCUACGUGUGGGCCUCGGGAGACGGCGGUAGCUACGACGACUGCAACUGUGACGGUUACGCCUCCAGCAUGUGGACCAUUUCCAUCAACUCCGCCAUCAACGACGGACGCACGGCGCUCUAUGACGAGAGCUGCUCCUCCACUCUGGCCUCCACCUUCAGCAACGGACGCAAAAGGAACCCGGAGGCUGGCGUGGCCACCACAGACCUUUAUGGAAACUGCACACUGCGUCACUCUGGAACGUCAGCAGCAGCUCCAGAGGCAGCUGGAGUCUUCGCUCUGGCCCUUGAGGCAAACCCGGACCUAACAUGGAGAGACAUGCAGCACCUGUCGGUGCUGACCUCCAAGAGGAACCAGCUCCACGACGAGGUCCACCAGUGGAGGAGGAACGGCGUGGGCCUGGAGUUCAACCACCUGUUCGGCUACGGCGUGCUGGACGCGGGCGGCAUGGUGAAAAUGGCCAAAGAUUGGAAGACGGUGCCCGAGCGUUUCCACUGCGUGGCCGGAUCCAUCCAGGAGAACCAUAAAAUCCAGUCGGGCAACAAGCUGGUUCUGGCCAUCGCCACCGACGCCUGCCGGGGCAAGGACAACUUUGUCCGCUACCUGGAACACGUCCAGGCGGUCAUCACCGUCAACGCCAGCCGCCGGGGCGACCUCAACAUCAACAUGACCUCGCCCAUGGGCACCAAGUCCCUCCUCCUCAGCCGGAGGCCCCGCGACGACGACUCCAAAGUGGGCUUCGACAAGUGGCCCUUCAUGACCACCCACACCUGGGGCGAGGACCCGCGCGGGACCUGGGUGCUGCAGGUGGGCUUCCGAGGCGAGGAGCUCCAGCGAGGCGUCCUCAAGGAGUGGACCCUCAUGCUGCACGGAACACAAAGUGCCCCUUACAUAGACCAGAAGGUGCGCGACUACCAGUCCAAGCUGGCCAUGUCGAAGAAGGAGGAGCUGGAGGAGGAGCUGGACGAGGCCGUGGAGAGAAGCUUGAACAGCUUGCUGAGUAAAAGCAACUAAAAAUCUCGCCUGCAUGACCCUAACUCGCUUCUCAUCCUUCCUAUCGCUACUUCUACCUCUCUCGCCCUCCUCACCCUGCUUUUUCUACAUUUCAGUUCCGACCUUCAAUGAAUGUUCUGUGUUAUCAAUGACAGUAUACCCUUCAGUAAUCGGAGAAACAUCAUUUUUACACUCGUGGUCAAAAGUUUACAUACACUUGUGAAGGACAUUGUUAUGGUUACUGAGGGGAGGUGACGGCAACAGACACCAGGGGGCUCUAAGUAUUUAUUAUAUAUAGUCACUAUAUAUAAUAAUCAAACAAUAAUAAUAUAAACUAAGGAAAUGGAGUGUGAACUAGAUCCAGAAGUGUAUGUGGUGCGUAGCUAUGGGUGUGAUUAGCUGUAGUGUGUGUUACCUAGUGUUGUGUUGGGUGAGAGGAGGGACAAGGCAGGAAGACAGACAGCGAGAGGCGUCGAGAGGCAGUCCGGGAAGCAGGGGAACGACGACGAGGAAUGACGAGACGCACAGCAACGUCAGACGCGGGAACGGAGGUUGUACGCCAACAGAAGAUUAUACUCCGGCGCGGCAUAGCAGGUUGUGCGAGCUUAUGAAGGCAGCUCGUUCAUCCCGGGCAGGUGCGCUGAUUACAGAUCUCCUGCAGCCGUGCGGAGGUGCGCCCGCAGCGGAGAGGAAACGCCCAUGGGCGCACAGACGGAUGAGCGGCGUUGGCAGGAGUCUGAGCCGUAACAGACAUAAUGUCAUGGCUGUCUUGAGUUUCCAAUUCAACUUCUACAACUCUUAUAUUUUUUUGUGAUAGAGUGAUUGGCGCACUGUCAUGAUCCGUGGACCGGAUCAUGUUUUGUUGUGUUCUGUUAGUUUUGGACUCCCUGAGUUACUGUUUGUACACCUCUGGGUUUGUUUUUGUUUCCAUGGGGAUUUAUUGGGUUCACCUGCCUCUGGUUAGCUCAGCUGCUGUCAGCCACUAAUCAGAAAGCUAUUUAUUGACUUUGCUCGCUACGUUAAGUCUGGCUUCAUUGUUUGCUUCUUGCCACAGUUAUGUGAGUAUUCCUUAUCUCUAGUCUAUACUAGUGUUAGCUUUAGCGUCCAGUGCGAUCGGCACUUUUUCGUUUUUGGUACUUGUUUGAUUUCGACAAAUAUAAAUCAUGUUCCUACCCGCACGUCCUGUCCGGAGUGGUCCAUCUGCAUCCCGGGGGGAGCGAACCCCGCAAUAAAAUGCGACCCAAUCGUGACAAGCACAUACUUGUUUGUCACAAAAAGAAACAUUCAUGAAUUUUGGUUCUUUUAUGAAUUUAUUAUGGGCCUACUGAAAAUGUGACCAAAUCUGCUGGGUUAAUAUUUGGUUACAUGUCCCUUGGCAAGUUUCACUGCAAUAAGGCGCUUUUUGGUAGCCAUCCACGAGCUUCUGGUUGAAUUUUUGACCACUCCUCUUGACAAAAUUGGUGCAGUUCAGCUAAAUUUGUUGGUUUUCUGACAUGCACUUGUUUCUUCAGCAUUGUCCACACGUUUAAGUCAGGACUUUGGGAAGGCCAUUCUAAAACCUUCUUUCUAGCCUGAUUUAGCCAUUCCUUUACCACAAAGAAUUAGCUGUUUGGCCACAAUACCCAGCAAUAGGUUUGGAGGAGAAAAGAUGAGACAUUUAAUCCCAGGAACACCAUAACUACCGUCAAGCAUGGUGGUGGUAGCAUUAUGCUCUGGGCCUGAUUUGCUGCCAAUGUAACUGUUUUUUUACAGAGAGUAAAUGGGACAAUGAAAAAAGAGGAUUACCUCCAAAUUCUGGUAGCCAUCCACGAGCUUCUGGUUGAAUUUUUGACCACUCCUCUUGACAAAAUUGUUGCAGUUGGUUUUCUGACAUGGACUUGUUUCUUCAGCAUUGUCCACACGUUUAAGUCAGGACUUUGGGAAGGCCAUUUUAAAACCUUAAAUUCUAGCCUGAUUUAGCCAUUUCUUUACCACAAAAAAAUUAGCUGUUUGGCCACAAUACCCAGCAAUAGGUUUGGAGGAGAAAAGGUGAGACCUUUAAUCCCAGGAACACCAUAACUACCGUCAAGCAUGGUGGUGGUAGCAUUAUGCUCUGGGCCUGAUUUGCUGCCAAUGUAACUGUUUUUUUACAGAGAGUAAAUGGGACAAUGAAAAAAGAGGAUUACCUCCAAAUUCUGGUAGCCAUCCACGAGCUUCUGGUUGAAUUUUUGACCACUCCUCUUGACAAAAUUGGUGCAGUUGGUUUUCUGACAUGGACUUGUUUCUUCAGCAUUGUCCACACGUUUAAGUCAGGACUUUGGGAAGGCCAUUUUAAAACCUUAAAUUCUAGCCUGAUUUAGCCAUUCCUUUACCACAAAAAAAUUAGCUGUUUGGUCACAAUACCAAGCAAUAGGUUUGGAGGAGAAAAGGUGAGACCUUUAAUCCCAGGAACACCAAAACUACCGUCAAGCAUGGUGGUGGUAGCAUUGUGCUCUAAGCCUGUUUUGCUGCCAAUGGAACUGAUGCUUUACAGAGAGUAAAUGGGACAAUGAAAAAAGAGGAUUACCUCCAAAUUCUGGUAGCCAUCCACGAGCUUCUGGUUGAAUUUUUGACCACUCCUCCUGACAAAAUUGGUGCAGUUGGUUUUCUGACAUGGACUUGUUUCUUCAGCAUUGUCCACACGGACUUUGGGAAGGCCAUUCUUAAAUCUUAAUUGUAGCCUGAUUUUGGCCAUUCCUUUACCACUUUUGACGUGUGUUUGGGGUCAUUGUCCUGUUGGAACACCCAACUGCACCCAAAACCCAACCUCCGGGUUGAUGAUUUUAGCUUGUCCUGAAGAAUUUGGAGGUAAUCCUCCUUUUUCAUGGUCCCAUUUACUCUCUGUAAAGCACCAGUUCCAUUGGCAGCAAAACAGGCCCCAGAGCAUAAUACUACCACCACCAUGCUUGAUGGUAGGUUUGGUGUUCCUGGGAUUAAAGGCCUUACCUUUUCUCCUCCAAACAUAUUGCUGGGUAUUGUGGCCAAACAGUUCAAUUUUUUGUUUCAUCUGACAUCACAUGGACAAAGAUAAGACCUUCUGGAGGAAAUUUCUGCGGUCGGAUGAAACAUUUGGUUAAACUUGCGGACAAUGCUGAAGAAACAAGUCCAUGUCAGAA